AUGAAAGUUUUUAGUCAUAAAGAUGGAUUAGAAACAUUAACACAUAUUAUUAAUGUUAAUGAAGUUAAUGAAGGAUAUCAAAUUCAAUUUGAUUAUGGAGGAUUAGUUAUGGAUACAAUAGUUAGAAAACCAUUUAAUGUUGAUACAAAACCAGUCAAUGAAAUUAAAACAACAAAUAUUAAUGAAGAAAAAAUGAAUUUAUUAGAACAAAAAAUAAUUGAAUUAUCUACAAGUUAUAAACAAUUAGAAUCUCUUAAAGAAGAUUAUAAAAUUCUUAUUGAAAAAAUAACUUCAAUAGAAAAAACAUCAGAAAAAAUACAACUUCUUUUAAAAGGAAAUGAAGAAUUAUUAGGAAUUGAAACUCUUCAAUUAGCUUUUACAAGAUUUAUGUCUGCUGGAAAUGUUAUGCUUCCAAUUAUUCCUCGUGUUAUUACUGUUAGUUCAAAAUAUUUAGAAAUAUCAACUUCUGUACUUAAUGAAUAUGGAGAAUUUGCUGCUAUUGUUUUAAUAAAAAAUGAUGAAGAAAAUGAUAUUUCUUUAAAAUUAUUAACUGAAGAUGGAGUUUAUAUUAUAUGGUUCUCUCAUAUUCAAUUUAAUGAAAUAAUUAGUAUUUGUACUAAAUUACAAUUUAAACAAGAAAAUAAUAAUAUUUCUAUUGGUAUUCCUUUAGAACAUGAAACAAAAUGGUUUUUAAUGGUAAAAACUUCAUUUGGUUUAGAAGUUAUGAAUUGUGUUAUUAGAACUUAUCAAUUCAUUGGAGCAUUAAUUGCUAUUGAAAUCCCAGUGAGUGCAUAUAUAUGUUCAGAUAUUACUUUAUGUGAAAAAAAAAUGCCAUUACCUCCUAUAGAUUCAAAUGAUGAAUCUUCUUCAGAACAAGAAUCAGAAGAAAUUGAUUGGGAAACAAAAGUUCAAGAAAUUAGAAAUGAAGUAAAAGAAGAAUUAAUGAAAACAUUAUCAGAACAAAUAAAAAAAGAAAUAAUUGAAGAAAUGAAUAAAAGAAAUAUAAAAGGUGAUGAUUAUAAACUUUCAAUUGAUGAUGAUGGGUUUCAAUCAGAUAAUAAUUCAACAAUUAAAGUAAAUGAUCAAACUGAAAUUAUUACUCCAAUCGUUAGAAGAUCAAGAAGAUCAAAUUAUACUCCUCAAAGUACUCCUUCUCCUCAUUCUGAUGAUACUCCAACACCUGUUUCUUCUGCUCGUAUUCGUGGUAGAAGAGAAGCAUUUUAUCAUGCUCAACAACCUGUUUUUGAUUCAGAAGGACAAUGUAUUGCUAUUGGAUCAACAACACAAUUACCAACUUGUAGUUUUACAUGUAAAAUUACUCAAAAUGGAGUUAUUAAAAUAGGAGAAAGUAUUCUUCCUAAUGAAGCUAUUGUUCCAUUAAAUGAAGUUGAAGUUGGAAUUGCACAAACAAUAGGUAAAAAACCUACAAUGGAAGAUACAUGUUGUGUUUAUGAAACAAAUAUUCCAUUUAUGGAAGUUAUUGGUAUGUUUGAUGGUCAUCAUGGACAAGAUGCAGCUAUUGAAUUAUCAAAACAAAUGGGAGUUGUUUUAAAAAAAGCAUUAAGAGAGAAAAAGAAAGAUGUUCAUGAAGCAUUAAUAUCUACAUUUGAAACAUUACAUCAAAUUAUUAUUGAAAAAACAGAAAGUGGAUCAACUGGUACAAUUGUUGCAAUUGAACAAAAUACAGCUUAUGUAGCUCAUGUUGGUGAUUCACCUGUAUUUUUAAUUAAAAGAAAUUCAGAAAAGAAAAUUGAAAAAGUUACUAUUAAUCAUCAUCCUGAUAUAUUAGAAGAACGAGAAUUUAUUGAAAAGAAUGGAGGUCAUUGUUAUAAAGUUGGUAAUACUUGGAGAGUAGAAGGUGUUAUUGCUUUAUCUCGUUCAUUAGGUGAUAGAACACUUCAUCCACCACUUUCUGCUAUUCCAGAUGUUAAUUCUUUUGAUUUAACUGAUGUAACUGAAAUAGUAAUAACAUCUGAUGGUGUUACUGAUGUAUUAAAUGAAGAUGAUAUUGCAACUCUUGUUUUUAAAAGUGUUAAUGUUGAUACUGCUGCUAAUAGUAUUCGUGAUACAGCAUUUAAAAAACAAAGUCUUGAUAAUAUCACUGCUAUUGUAGUAAAAAUACCUCAUUAA